AUGAUCGAAGGCGACGUGGGUGUGGAGGAUCUCGUCUACUGGGGACCAAAUCAAACCGCACUGACCAAGAACAUCCCUCUUUACCCCGGGGCCGGACCUCACUACCUCACCGGGCCGACGCAGGUGUGCGGCGCCCAGCCGGGGGAUGUCCUCAAGAUUGAGAUCCUGAGCUUGACGCUUCGGAAGAACCCUCUGACAAACAAGGCCUACGGAGUCAAUCUCCAGAACGGACCGUGGCUUCCGUCCAACACUAAGAACGCGGACGGAACCAACACGUCCGCAAGCGUGGUCUCCACCGUUAUCUACGAGGUGGAGGAAGACGAGUAUGGGGGCUGGGGAGUUCCCGUUUAUGGCUUUACCAACCCACCUGUCAUCAGCCCAUCUGGAACCGACGAGAGUGGCUCCAUCAUUCCCCACAAGACCAACUACGGCGUCAAGACGUCAGCCAACGCUUCGGGCUUCGAUCCCGUGACGUACCCCGUCGGGUUCCAGAGCACGCUCAACUCCACGACCGACAUCCAGUACAUGAACGCAUCCUUCCAGUAUCGCAUCCCCGUAAGGAAGUUCCUCGGAACCAUCGGCGUGACUCCAGCCAACGCGGUGAAAUACAUCAACGGCGCACCGGCAGGCACCAAGGGAGCCGCCAGCUGGGCGCCUUCUAGAUUCGGCGGUAACAUGGAUAACUGGCGUGUGGGCGCCGGUGCCACUCUGUACGUCCAGGUGGAGAUCCCAGGCGCGGGCUUCUACUUAGGCGACUGCCACGCCGCACAGGGCGACGCCGAGAUUUCCGGAACCGCCAUCGAGGCGUCGCUCGACGGCGUCUACCGUCUCACCGUGCUGCCGGCCGCUACUCUCCCGGCGGCUAUGAAGAAUCUGAGCUUCCCGAUUGUAGAGACUGCCACCCACAUUGAUAUCCAGGGCUUCGCGUUCAACAACUACCUCGACGAGCUGGCCGUGCCCAGUGCCGUUGCCACCUCCGGCGGCGCGAGCGUCGACAAGGCGCUCGCGCACGCGUACGAGAACGCGCGCACCUUCCUGGUCAAGGGCUUCGGGAUGCAGGAGCGCGAAGCCCUGUCCCUAAUCAGCACUGGGGUGGACUUCGGCGUUACCCAGGUCGUGGACCAGAAUUUCGGAGUGCACGCCAACAUCCCGAAGGCCAUCUUCAGCUCCAAGUCCGGUUCGGGCGCGGGCAUCUUCACGGGGCCGUCCAGCCGCAAGCUCAAGGCCGAGAAGGAAGAGCCGGAGGACCUCAUCGGUCUCCUCCGCAGGUUUGAGAAGAAGUAG